AUGAAGUUUAUGAAGCUUGGAUCCAAACCUGAUUCUUUUCACAGAGAUGGAAACAAUGUAAGGUGUGUUGCUACUGAUUUGGCGACAGACAUUGUAGUCAAUGUAGCAAAUGUGAAGUUCCAUCUUCACAAGUUCCCACUUCUCGCCAAAUGCGAACGACUAAAGGAGUUACUGUCCUCAGCCGACGAACAAAACAGAAAAGAAGUCGAUUUUCAUGAUAUUCCGGGGGGGUCCGCGGCCUUUGAGACGUGCGCCAAGUUCUGCUACGACAUCACCAUUAGUCUCAAUGCCCACAACAUCAUCCCGGCCCGUUGCGCGGCCUACUAUCUUCAAAUGCACGAGAACAUGGAAAAAGGCAACCUCGUCUACAAAAUCGACGUUUUCUUCUCAUCCACCGUCCUCAAGACCUGGAAGGACUCCAUUACAGCCCUCAAGACAUCCCAAAAUCUAGUACCCUUGUCCGAGGAACUCAACCUAGUCAACCGCUGCAUUGACUCCAUUGCUGACCUGGCAUCCCUCGAUGUCUCCAGGGUGGACUGGUCCUACACAUACAACCAGAAGAAGCUCUUCGAGGAAAAUGUGGUCGGGCCAGGCCCCAACCAGACCCGGACUGUGCCUGACGAUUGGUGGGCUGAGGACCUAAGUGGGCUGGGGACAGAUUUUUACGAGCGGGUGAUCAUCGCCAUAAAAAAUAAAGGGUCGGUCGCGAACAAUGUGAUUGGGGAGGCCCUGAAAGCGUACGCGUACCGGAAGCUGCCAAGUUCAAGCAAGGGUGGAAUUGUAAUUAAGAAAAAUGACGUCGAGAGGUUCCAGGCCGUGCUGGAGACAAUCGUGCGACUGUUGCCAGAGGAAAGGGGCAGCGUGUUGUGCGGAUUCCUGCUCAAGCUGCUGAAAGCGGCCGCGUCCUUGAAUUUGGGUGGGGAUAUAAAAGCGGAGCUUGUGAAAAGAAUUGGAUGGCAGCUUGAGGAGGCUUGUGUGAAGGAUUUAUUGAUUACUGGGGAAAAAACCAAGUAUGAUGUUGGCAUGGUGCAGAAAAUGAUCGAGCAUUUCAAGAGUCGUGGCAGGGAGAAUGGCAGCGAGGAUAGUGAAGAAACUAGACAGCCGCCCGAAAUAACAUUGUUGUCAGAGGCUUCUGAGGUGAUGGUAGCUAAGAUUGUCGACGGCUAUUUGGCGGAGAUUGCUAAAGAUCCAAAUUUGCCCCUUUCGGUUUUCGUCAGCACAGCUGACAUGUUGUCGGGUUUUUCACGAGCCUCGCAUGACGCUCUGUAUCGGGCGAUUGAUACGUAUCUCAAGAACCACCCAGAGACUACGAAGGGCGAGAGGAAGAGAAUAUGUGGGCUGAUGGACUGCCGAAGGCUGUCGUCGGCUGCAUGCACCCACGCCGUACAGAACGACAGGCUCCCUCUUCGAGUGGCCGUCCAAAUCCUCUUCUUCGAGCAGAUGCGAUCCGCCACAAGAUCGGGGGCCAGCACGCCGGACCACUCCAAGCUGGUCAACGACGACCUCAGAUCUAAAGAUGGUGGGGAGGAACUUAGAGAGGCAAGAAACGGCGCUGCAGCCCAAGGGAAUGAGAGAGGGAACAUGAUCGGGGGCUGUAAGGAUAAGGCCACGUGUGGAAAAACGAGAAAAAUGUUUAUGAAAGUGUGGUCGACAAAGGAGAGGGAUGAUGAGAACAGUGGCUCAUCGACUUUAGAUGGGUGA